GGAAACUUAAUGUGCACAGCAAAGGCUUCCAAGACUGCAAGACUUUUUGACAUCUCACUGAGGAGGUCUUAAAACCUGAAAAUGAGACACUGUCUGGCUGCUUCUUUUAAAUGGAACCUGUUUACAGCCCUUGCAUUGAUCAUUAUAACAGCACAAGCUUUACCCAAGACUGAGAUUAAACUCAGUCAAGCUUUCACAGACGUCACCCAGCCGUACGCCUGUCCUCUGUUCUGGACCGAGUAUAGCGGGAACUGCUACAGGUUCUUCCCCAUAAAUAAAACAUGGGCUGAAGCGGACUUUUAUUGCGCUGAGUUCUCACUCGGCAGGACUACUGCCAAAUUAGUUUCUAUCCACAGCUGGGAAGAAAAUAUUUUUGUGUUUGAUCUUGUGAACAGCCAAGUCCCGGGAAUACCCACUGAUAUCUGGAUAGGAUUAAGUGACAGAAGGCAGGAAGGAGAGUUUGAGUGGACGGAUGGCACUCUGCAUGACUACAGUUACUGGGAUGGAAAUCAACCAGAUGAUGCCAGCAACAGUUCUCCAGAAGAUGAGGACUGUGUACAGAUAUGGUACAGAUACUACAGCGCCUUACGUUCCUGGAAUGACAACAGCUGCAAACGUAAUUUUCCUUUUGUCUGCAAGAUCCCUUCUGUGACUUAUAUGUGACACCUUAGCUCACAGUCUGAUUCCGAAGAAAUUUCUACAAAUGCUUACUCUGGGAAAUUGUACAUAAUAUAACAUUCACUGACUGAAGAGACGUCAAUACAAAAUCUAUCUACUGUCCGACAGAAAUUCACAUCACAGGAGAAAGUCAAUACCACAAAGACACUAACAAAUAUACUAUAUAUCAGAAGAUGUGCCAUAGGUCUUGUGAUGCAACGUGCCAUGUCUAUGCAGACUUGAAAGCCAUGACACGUAAUGUAUAUUACAAAGUGGAUGGCGAACCACAUUUGCACCAUUAAAAACGCAUGACAUUAGAUCCCCUGAAAUUUGAGCAGCAAGCAGCGUUUUUCAGUGAGUCAUGGGAUGCGGAGCAAGACGGAUCGGCAUGAAACACAAUGUAAGUCAAUGUUGCCGGAUCUGUUUUUGUAGACAGAAAAGAAAAAGGAUCCGUCCCCCAUUGACUUACAACGGUUUAAGUGCCGAAUCCGUCAUGACUAUUUUAGAGAUAAUAUAACCAGAUCCGUUCAUAACGGAUGCAGCCGGUUGUAUUAUCAGUAACGGAAGCGUUUUUGCUGAUCCAUGAGGGAUCCACCAAAAAAAACGUAGAUGUGAAAGUAGU